AUGAAGCAUUUGCAGAAGCUGACAGCUCCAUUAAUUCUCAAAUGGGGUUAUGUUUUUAACAAUUCUAAACCCAUUUUUGGGUCCUUCCAAAAGGUUAGGUUUUAUGCAACUGCUAAAAAACCUAAAUUGAAACAAGAAGAAGAAGAAGAAGAAGAAUGUCAUAUACCUCGUGCAGUGAAGAAAGAAGCACAAGCUGUUUUGCUAGACUACUUGCAUUCCACUAGAAGUUUGCAGUUUAUGGAUGCUGAACAUAUGAGUAAAAACUCACCUUUUUUUCUUUCCAACUUAUUACAAAGAAUUGAUAAUGAAAAUGAUAUUAGACGUUCUUUAACUCGAUUCUUGCGAUAUCAUCCAAUCAAUGAAUUUGAACCAUUCUUUGAGAGCAUUGGUCUGAAACCUUGUCAGUACUUGCCAUUUCUUCCUAGAGAUCUCAUGUUUUUGAAUGAUGAUCAUAGGUUGCUUGAUAACUAUCACAUCUUGUGUAAUUAUGGUAUUUCAAGAAAUAAGAUAGGAAGGAUUUUUGCUGAAGCUCCAGAAGUUUUUAGAUAUGAUUCUGGAGUUUUGGACUUGAAGCUUGCUUCUUUUCACGGGGUUGGGAUAGAUCAGUCUAUUGUUGUUAAGCUUGUUAGUGCAAGUCCUCAUCUUUUGAUUGGGAAUGUACACAAGGAAUUUUUUCAAGUUGUUGAGGAGUUAAAGAAAACAGGAGUUGAAUAUAGUUGGAUUGAGGAGCAAUUGAAUGGAAAUUCUAUUGAUUGGAGCCACUUAUUCGAGCUCAUAUGCUUCUUGAACGGGUUGGGCUUGACUGAUCAACAAUUAGGAAAGUUAAUUUGUCAAGUUCCUGGUCUUCUGUUUGAUUGUUCCGGUCGUACUACAUUUUCGCUAAUUGGAUUCUGGUUGAAAUUUGGUAUUCAGAUACCCAAAUUACUUGAUGUAUUUCUACACUUGCCACAAAUUCCAAUAACCACAUUUGUUUUCAAUAUGAGGCAAUGCUACCAGUUCUUGAUUGAAAUUGAGAUGCCUGUCUUAGAGAUUGGAAAUAUUAUUCAUUCAUACCCUACAUUGCUAGGCUCGUGUGUUUUGAAGAAAGCUACAAGCUUGUUAACUACCCUGAAUACAGGGAAGAAGCGGCUUUGUAGUGUGAUCAAGGAGAAUCCAGAAUUUUUGAGGAAUUUAGUUCGUGGAGCCAAAGUUGAACGGUUACCAAUAGCUGAGGAGGAGCUAAGAUCCAAAAUGAUGAAAACUAAGUUCCUUUUAGAUUUGGGUUUUGCUGAGAACUCGAGUGGAAUGGAGAAAGCUCUCAAAUUAUUUCGAGGGAAAGGGGUGGAGCUCCAAGAGAGGUUUGAUUGUUUGGUAAAUGCUGGUUUGGAUCGAAAGCAUGUUGCUUCAGUGCUGAAAAUAUAUCCGCAAAUACUCAAUCAAAGGAAAGAGGUACUUGAGGCAAAGAUUGAUUUUCUAUUGAAUAAUUUGGGUCUUCCACUGUCUACUUUAGUUUCGUUUCCAUCCUACCUAAACUACACAAUUCCAAGAACCACAAUUAGGCUUUCAAUGUAUAAUUGGCUCAAAGAUCAAGGAAAAGUGGACCCAACAUUGUCUUUGAGCACUAUCAUAGCUUCCUCAGAGAAAUUAUUCAUGAAGACUUAUGUAAAUCCUCAUCCUAAAGGCCUUGAAGUCUGGCAAGAGCUGAAAAGAGAGAUAUAUCCUGAUUAAGUGAGAUAUCCUGGGUCGUUCCAUCUGGUAGCGUUGACAAAAGGAAGUCUAAAGCUUGAAGUCUCUUUAAAGCACAAUCUCUUGCUUAAGUUAAGAUGAGUACCAGUUCUAAAUGUGUUAACUUUGAGUGAAACGAAAAGGA